CACUGCACUGCAUACAGUACCGGCUACUGCGGCGCGGGACGUUUUUCGUUUUUCAUAAGUGUCCAAAAUUGAUGAAGAUAUUGUGAGGGAAGUUCUUCACUUGGCGCAACACCUACGUCCUUGCAUUAUGUUCUGCAGGACCAUAAGUUGUUUUAUCUGCAUUUUUCUGGCAACAGUCAUAGCAACAAAUUACAAUGGCACAGACUCCGUUACAGAAUCUGGUCCUGAAGUCACAAUCCAUUACGUAAAAACAGACAAGCCAGAAUCGUUCACAGUGGAUCGAGUUCCGGAAGGUAUGGAGACCUCAACCGUGGACCUCGCCACCCUCCUGGACGCCGGGGACGGCGCCGUGGUGACUCUGGUGGCGGGCGAGACUCGUCUGGCGGCGCACAGGGCCGUCCUGGCCGCGAGGAGCCCCGUGUUGGCCGCCAUGUUGCAGGAGGCCGGCGGCGGCCAGCUCGGCGUGCCGGGCGUGGAGGGCGCGGUGCUGCGCCAGCUGCUGGCCUACUUGUACACACUCCGGGCUCCGCAGCUGCCGGCGGUGGCCCCCCACCUGCUGGCUGCCGCUGACAGGUACGGCCUGUCUGCUCUGAAGGCAGAGUGCGAGCAGCAGGUGGCCGCACAGCUGUCUGUCGAGACUGCUGCGGCCACAGCUGUCCUCGCGAUGAGGCACAACUCCGACAGCCUCAGGCGCGAUGCUGUUGCCUUCGUAAAGGCCCACUUGCCCCGCGUGAUGGUCACGCGGGGCUGGGCUGAUGCUGUGGCCGACCACCCACAAUCUGUUGCGGAGUUAACUCGCCUCGUUUCACAGCCACCGACGGAAACCAGCUCACCGGACAGCGACAGCAACAGCACACCCACCACUCAGCCCCACAGUGAGCAAAGCGAUGAGGACCGGACACCUAGCACAGCUGCCACGCCUGCGACUCCCUGCUGCGCGUCACCACCUAAUGUCACCGCUCUCUGCCUCCUGUGGAGUCUUUCUGCAGAGGAGAAGGGCAGGAGGUUGAUAGAGGCAGCUAAGCAGGGGACAGUGGAAGAGCUGGAGGAGCUACUUGCCGUUGGUACAGACGUGGCGAUGGGGGACAAUAUCAGGAGCACUGCCCUGCACUGGGCAGCAAACAGGGGACACACAGAGGCAGUGAGGAGUCUGGUGGAGGCUGGUGCAGUGGUGAAUGCCAGGAACUACUGGCAGAAGACGCCUCUCCACUACGCCACACAGAAUGGCCACACAGCUGUGGUGGAGGUGCUGGUGGCGUCCUCUGCCGACCCCAACGUCAGGGAUGAUGACGGGUGGACGCCGCUGCACGAUGCGGCAUACUACGGCCACACAGAGGUGGCGACGACACUGCUAGAGGCAGGAGCUAACAGGAGGGCCACAGAUGACUGGGGUAGAACCCCACUGGACGUCGCCAGGCAGUACAACCACCACCAGCUGACGGACUGUCCUUCUGUCCAUCUUCACUGUCUUUCCCUGAGCUUGGCGUCAUGUUUGCAGAGCGUCUGCAGGGGCCACCACACAACCAUCAUGCAACAACUCUGGUUGGACAGGCGCUACUGCCGGCAGUGCCCUCAUUUUCCCAGAAGUCACACUACCAAACUGUGUAAAUCUUCACCUCUUCGCGGCGCAAAGACUGUUCCAAAAAAUUUCAGGCGUGCACUGCAUAAGUGCGACUUCUUCUUCUAAUAUUUCGGCUGAAUACCGUCCAGCCAUCUUUAGGUUCGGUUGACAAUGAAUUUAAUUAAUAGAGAUAGCGGCUUCAGCCUAUAUAAAUCAUGGAAUCUGGCAUUUUCUGUAAUAAACUCACAAAGAUGUCACGACAGUGCAGCUCACAGUGAUACAUCAGUGUCACCAUGUGGAUCGAUUGCGCAGCCAUAGAUCUAAUUCCAUGCAUAUGUGAUACCUCUGUGCCACUGAUAAAUGUCUCUAGUGCCUGUAUCUGUGGCCGCAAGUGCAGUGGUGCGGUCCACAGGUUUAAAAGGACGGACCAAGUGACCCCCUUCCCAACCAGCACAAUGUGGCUGAUGUUUAUCCUUUGAGCACCUCAUCACAAAAUGUGCACAACAAGCUAAAUGCUCUAGGUGUGGGGGGCAACACAGCCUCUCACAAUGCAGCCUCAGGGAAGAAAAGUGCAUUAUAUAUAUAUAAUAGAGGGAAACAUUCCAAGCUGGAAUACCUCGACGACACCUUAACAGAAACAAAAGUAGACUCUAUCACGAGUGACCAUCUCCCCAUCAUACUCUCAACAACAGCAACACAACCCCCUCCCACUCACCCGACUAACAGAACCAUAAAUGCGGACUGGACAGAUAUCAAAACAUGCUAACAGAAGAACUAACUGCCCCCAUCAGCAUCACAGACCCAGACGAGCUACAACAUGUUGCCAACAAACUUGAAUAGGCCCUCCAAACAGCCAUAACAGAAGCAAUACCCACAAAAACAAUAGAGAACUGGAAACCCUACAUCCCCCCAGAAGCAUUAAACCUUAUCCCACAGAAAAAACAACUACAAAGACAAAUGAUGAGGAGACAAACCACACCUGAAACGACAGUGGAAGAGAUUAAAUGCCAGGGUCAAGAGUAUCAUUUCAACACACAGACAAAAACAGUGGGCCGACACAUGUGCUCAGCAAAAUUACAGAGAGGGCAGAAAAUUCUGGAACAUAAUUCAAAACAUUAACAGUACAACGAAAGACGACUCAAUCCAGCCUGUGGGUAAACAAGGAACCAACGACCGACCACAGAGAACAGGCUGAAGCAUUUAAACAGGUGUUACAAGAAGUUUAUUCAUUCCCAGCUGACGACAAAUUUGACGAACAAUUUAGACAACAUGUGGAAUCCCAACUGCCACAAAUACUAGCAACCCCCACGAGCGACACAUAAAAACAACCAGCCCUCACUAGAGACAUAACAGAGACCGAAAUAGAAGAUGCAAUCUACACAGGAGGAAACUCUGCCCCUGGAGAAAACGGUGUCCAACGACUCCACCCCCAAAAAGUGCCAUCGCAUAUCCUUAUCCCUAUACUAUCCCUCAUCUACAACUUCUACAUGAAUCACAAAAUACUACCGACAAAUUGGAAAACCAGUAGAACCAUCAUGAUCUCCAAACCCGACAAACCCAGGACUGACCCUCAUUCGUAUAGACCAAUAUCACUACUUGACAUAAUAGGAAAGUCAUACGAUCACAUAUUGACGGACAGGAUACGAAAAUACACAGACGACAAAGGAUUAAUCCCCCCAAUACUGGCAGGUUUUCGGCAGAAGCACUCGACCAACGACUCCCUUUUGAAACUGACUAUCAGCAUAGCGAAAGACUUCAACAAAGGACACUGUAAACUCUCCGACCUUCUGGACAUCAAGCGUGCCUUUGACAAACUGUGGCACAACGGCCUGCUAUAUAAACUAUCUGAAGUAGGACUCCCAACAAAAAUGAUAAGAAUAAUAAAAGCCUACCUAAUUGACAGAACCUGCAUCAGACAUGUAGGAACAGGAAAAUUCGGAGCUUUCACACCAAAAGCAGUGGUACCUCAAGGAGGAAUACUAUCCCUCUUACUGUAUACACUAUAUACCGCUGACAUCCCCAUAGUUAGGACAUGUACAGAAACCAUAGGUCUGUAUGCAGAUAAUACAGCCUACUGGUGCACAGAACUGAAAACAAGCACCGUACAACAAAAGACGAACAACUACCUCACAAGACUAGAGCAAUGGCUGACCAAAUGGCCCCAACCCCAACGAAACACAAACAGUUCUCUUCAAACACAGACAUUUGAUCAAAUAAUGACAGCAAGACGACAACGACGUCCAGCUAUCACUAUUGAACAUGCCCCUUACACUGAACAACUCAGCCAGAUACCUUGGAGUACACCUAGACCUAAUGGGAAAAUACACCUGAAUCACCUACUAAACAAAACAUGACUAAGACAAGAUUUAAUGAGACAGGUGCAAGGGUGCUUCCAUGGCUGCAGUGAUGAAACAGCCCUACAUACGUAUAAAACGUUCAUAAGACCAAUAUUGGAGUAUGCAGUCUCCCCACUUUGGAGAACACAGGCCCACAUAGUGGAAAAACUCUAUAAAAAAGAAAGAAGACUUAUACGCAGCAUCACCCAGCUACCUCCCACAACCCCCAGCAAUGAAGUGUACACAAUCUCAGGCAUAGAACCACUACAAACCAGAAUGGCUAAACUCAGGGUGAGGUACGGAAAACGCAUACUCCACACCAGGACAGACAUGGACAAUAUUAUCACCAUAAAUGGAAGGGAAAACAGAGAACCUAAGUACAAAUACAUACCACCCUCACACACAAUAAAGCAACUACAGUCAGAAUCUGAUAUAUACAACAGAUUACCAAAAUAUACGUAUAACGAUAAAGAAAAUCACCCUCGAUACUUACUGUGAAAAUUCUAACAAUGCACCAACAAAUAUAUAUUUCACUCAAUUAUUUCUUUUGUUUUUAACAUGCCUUUUGUUUUUAUUAUGCCUUCUAUUCUUAUGUAUUUUAUUUCUAUUAUGUUUCUUGUUUUUACUUAAAACCUACAUUAUAUUAAAAUAUGUUACAUAAACUUUUUUGUAUAAAAAACGAAAUAUACUAUAGUACUUGAUGUAACGUAAUUGUAAGCCAUAUAUGACAAUGCACUUGUGAGAAAAAUAAAUAGUGUCAAAAAUAAUAAAUAUGUAAAACCCCUAUGGUUGAAAAGGGAUGCCAGCAUGCAGAUUUUAUGGAAUUCCAAACUGUGGCUUGCAGGAAAUGUAAAACUGCUUUGCGAACUUGUGUACACAGUCCAGGUAGAAAACUGAGCACAUCAUAUGACAUGUGAAUGGUACUCCAUUCCAAAGGAUUAUAAAGCAAUUACACUUAUAAUAUUUUUUUUAAAAAAAUGGCAAUGCAGCUAGAAAGAACUUAGCAGUUUGUCAAAAUGAAUGAUGAAACGUUAUCAUCAAAAGUCUGAAUUGUCAAAGAGGGUACUGCUGGUAACUAAGAGGUACUAGCAAGUUACCUGUCUUACAAAUUGCAAUAGAGUAGCAAUGUUAUGUAAUGUUUCUCAACAGUUGCAAAAUUCAGCUACAAAGUCUUGAGCUAGCCAAGCUGUCUACACAGAAAUAUGCACCAUAGUUCCACUUUGUUUGCAGUAAAACAGAAUUAAAAGACACUACAUGCAAAAAAUAAUAUUUCUGUCCUGAUUUUGUUGUCAUGUCUACUAUCCAUAGUCAGACUAACACUGUUGAAAGACAAAGUUGCACUUGAAGCAGGAGCCAGGUCAUCAGAUGUAAACACAAGAGAACGCUGCAGAUUUCAUGACUCUCCACACCAAAUGGGAUAUACAUCAGUCAAAAUUGUGCAAGUGAGGAGCUAAUGAAAUGCAUGAAACUACAGGAAAUAAAAUUCACUGUUUUGGUCCAUAAAUCAAAUAAAUAGUCAUUAUUAACUGUAUGUCUAAUGAGUGAGUUACUGUUUCAUCAAUUAACUGAAAUUUGCUGUCUGUAUUUUGUGAGAAAAAAUUGGAUACUUUGCAUCAGCAAAGUAUCCAGUUUCAUAGCUGUAAGCAAUAAAGACUGCAGAUAAUGAGCGUCUCAUACUUCAGCAUCUCUAUACAGCCAUACAAAUGAUGGCAUUAAUGUACUGUGUAAUCAGCCACAGACUAAAACAUUGAUGAGGAGUUUUCAUUUAAAACAAUUUCAAAGUUCUUUUGGUGCAGAUGUGUCAGACUUGUAUGUGCAAGGAAAAUCUGGUAUGGGAGUAUGGCGGUUGAUAUCAAUAUAAGCUUGGCAUGCUUUGUUAUACUCAAUGAAUGAAUGGCAUGAACAGAAUGACACCUUAGAUGUCGAACAGUGUUGAUUUUGGAAGGAUCAUUCAUGUAAACUCAGACUCACACAUUCUCACCUGUCAACAGAUCGAGGCUGUCAGAGAGUUGCAGUAUUUCUUUAUCUCAAUAAAGCAUAUGACUCAGUACCACACUUACAAUUAUUAUCGAACAUGGGAUCGUAUGGAGUACGAAACAAAACUUGUGACCAGUUAGUGGUUUUCAUGAUAUGGAUGACACAGCAAAGUUAUCUUGGAUGGAUUGUCAUUAAUAACCCAUCCCAAUUCAAAAAUAACAGUGAAGUGCGUAGCUACAACACUAGAAGAAAGGAUGACAUUGCCCAGUGAAUCAAUCUCCUAUACAGUAAUUUACUCACAAUUUAUUGGCCUGUGGUCUGAACACAAAAUUACUUUGUUUAUAGAACAACUUCUUAACUGCCCAAACUACAACCAAGGUUUCCUUUUCAGCAGUAGAAUAGCUUCUCUCACAGGAGUUUUCAUUCUGCUACCAAAACUUAAAGUUGUUAGUUUUUCUCUCCUUCUUCCUCAUACUCCUGGACAGUCAGUUACAUAUUCAGAAGCAGUAAUGGGCAUACAGAUUUCCUUUUCUCAGAAUUCAGAUGUCUGAAAAUCUUGGAAUAGCUAAGCUUGCAUUUUACAGCUUCCCACUGUUCCUGACACUCCACACUCUAUGAAAAAUGAGCUUUAUUUUGUUUCAACAGUUCAUGACUUGACUUGGUAUGUCCCUUCGGUGAAAUGCUACUAAACCUGGGGAAUAUUUUAGCUGCAUCUUAUUCUUAGAUGGUGGACAUUUUCUAAUUCCCUCUAUCUUUUUUGGUCUAGGAUUAAUAGCUUGUUAGCUUACUAUGUGUGCCAGAAAGUUUAUUUCACUCCAUCAAAAUGUGUUUUUGAAAACUUGAUAGUUAUUCCCUGUCCAUUUAAUAUUCUCAACAAUUUUUCCAGUAAUGUUAUAUGGUCUUCCAACUUCUUUGCCAAUAUCAUAACAUCCUCAACAAAAAUGAGUACCUUCUCUAAUAACUUGUUCUCUAAUACCAAAUCAAGUGCACAAAUAAAUUCAGCCACUGGUACAUUAAGGAUGAAUGGUAAAACUUUAUAAACUGUUAACACCUUCCAUCAAACAUAUGCAAAUGGCACUUGCCAGUAGUCCUUUAUGAGCUGUACAGUUCUUAAAUUCUUGGCGUUGUGAAACCUAACCAAAAUUUCCUAUCAGACCUCUAUUGGAUUUUCCAACUAACCACCCGAUUUAUCUCUUUCCUUACUGCUCACAUACGUCUCAAGCAAUGAGGUAGGGAGUCUUCAAAAAUUGUUGUCUAGCUUUAUCUUAAGUUCAGAUACAUAUCCUUAACAUACCCCUGGUUUAUCACUGAAAGAUUUCUCAUUUCAUUUCAGUACCUUUACCAGCUGAUCUCUUUCCAAUUAACAUAUCCUGAUGGCCUAUUAUAUUUCUCUUUGACCUAACUUUCCAAUCUGAUACUUGUAUCGAUUCUAAUUACUCUUUGUGUGUUUUCCUCACCCAUCAAGCCUAUAUUUCUAUCUAACUUUACCUUCCUACUUUUCAACUUCUCAUCAGAAUCAGAUUCUAAUUGUCCCUUAUUCCACAUAACACAGACCUGAUGAUCACAAUAAUGUGUACGUACGUUAUGCUCUCAUGGUAAGCGCAGUAAUACAACAUAGCUGACUAUUCAGUCUAUACCUAACAAUAUAGAUAAGUUAAUGUCGUCCAUACCUAACAAUAUACAACGUUAACGUCAGCUAUAAUCAGCACUAUCCGUUGUAUCAUUAUCCCAGAAAUUUGAAACGUCUCCUGCCGUCAGUCUCAGUUAAAUCUACCAUCUGCGUAUUAGUCAGUGGGAAAGCUAGGUAUCUAACAUUCCUUCUAUUCUUCUCCCAUAUUUCUUUUGACAAUAAGCUCACUUGGUUUCCAGUGUCCAAAUGAAACUCCACCAUCUGAUUCUCAAUACACCCUUAUAUCACCAGUAUUGAGAUGUUCAUCUCCUUUCCUUCUGCUUCCAUAAGUAAUCCCUUAUCAAAAGCUUGAUGAACUUCACAUUUGAGGAAAGCAUUUUUAAAACCGUUAUAAAUUUGCAAUUCACUAGGCUUAAGAAUGGCUUUUACAUUCUCUAUGACGUUUUUCAUCAUGACAUUAUCACUUUAUAAUGAUACAGUGUCCCCAAAAUUCAUAUGAAAUGUCUGAUACCAACCCUGCUCCAAAAUUCAUAUGAAAUGUCUGAUACCACCUUUUUUUAUAUGCAUCCGGAUAAUUAUCGGACAAUUUAGUGCUUCCUAGGGACUUGUAUGUGUGUCUACAUGUAUAUCAUUCUGUCCAAUUUACUAAUACUACUUGAUAUUCAUUGUGAAAGCAAAUAGAUGGUUCUGAAAAAACAUAUAUUGAUAUAAUUAUCAAGAAAUUGUUGUCAUUAACAAAAUUACGUACCAAUGUUAAAUUAAAUGAUUAAUCAACAAAUUGAAGGAAUAAAUAAAAAGCAACAGAUAAUAAAAUACUGUGGAAGUGUUGGCAUAGGUGGCCGGUGUCUAAUUACCAUAAUUACAAUUGAGUAACAAUUUAAUACAAAGAAUCUCAUUAUCCUGAGAAACAGUUUGAAAGUUAUUAGCAAGCAAUGCAUUUUCAUUCAUUAUUUAUUUUUAUGUCUUCCUCUGCAAUUAAUAGUCCUUGUAAUUACACUUCAAAUUAGCUCUCCAAUUGUUUGCAUCUCACAGUUUUACAAUUUUAGAAUUUGAGGCUUGAUUUGUAAUUUUCUUGUAUGCAGUUGGAUAAAGCACAAGAUUUGUAAUACCAUUACAUGUUAGUAACCAAAUCCAAACUGUAAUUAAUUACAUAACUAAUUAAAAUAAUGUCUAUUGUACUGUUUUGAAGUUCAGAAUGAUUUUCUUAGGGAAAACUAAAGAUAUUACUAAAGAAGAUUGUUAUUUAAAUAUUGUAUUUUAUACCUUAUUCGGCUGUAACAUCAGUUUCUUUACGUUUUGUAAAUUUUAAUUGAAAUGUUCAAAUUAUACAAAAUUAAUAAUGGAAUAUUUUGUGAGCAAUUGUUAAAAUUCUAUAGAAGGGAAAGCAGCGAGACUGUGAGAGGGUCAGUUAGUUGUUGUUGAGUCUGCUAAGGAGUCUGUUUGGAAGUGAAAGAGAUCUGUGAAGUCUAUGUUUUGUUUACAUGAUGUGUGUGCAGUUCAGAUGUCAAUUAAUAUGAAUAAAAUUUUGUAAAGCAUGAAAA